CGACGGAAAGGACGGUCCGAUACCCACCCCCCCUCCCAUCCACCCACCGUGGAUCACAUCCACGUUUUGGGCUGAACAGAUUACAGGACAGACUGCAAGCAGAGGGGUGAGGGCUGCGGGCUGGGAGCGCUGCUGCCACCAGUCCUCUUCCUCCUUCACCGGCUGCAGCCAGAAGCCCGUAGCGGGUUAUAUGCGGUACAGUAGGCUGGAGCAGAUUAUUGAACAGCACAGACACUGUGCGAGUUAAUGGGAUCGACAAACUAACCUCAGUUGUCUGCUGGCAAAGGCACAAAGCAGCUUUUCAGCAAAGGAAAAAAACAAAAAAAACAACAAAAAACAAAAGCUGCUGUUCAUGUUUGGCUGAGUUAUCGAGGAGAUUAAACAUCAUGUCCGAGCGUGAGAGAUCCUCUGCUGAGUUCCGUCCGGAGAACUGCAACACCGGACCAUCUGCCGAGACGCUGUCCUGACUCAUGUUGGAGAUGGCGAGUCCUGCCCUCUCUCUCCCAGAUCAACUCGGCGAAUAACUGCCCACACAAAGCUGAAGGAUCUCGGUUCAUCUGGUAAAUACAACUGGCUUCCUUCUCUGCAGCGUGGGAGAAAGUUCCACUGCAGUGCUGGUGUGGCAUCACUGUAUAGGCUGAUAAGUGAUCUCCUUUCACUCUGAGCCACUCACCUUUCAUGCCAUGGCCCCUUAGCUGGCCUGUGAGGGUUGGACUGUGAGCAGGAACACACACAGACUCUCAUGCGAACUCGGUCAGAAGAGCUGCACAGUGCACCCUUGCAAAGGAUCUCCUUUAAUGAGACCGAAGAUGCAUACUUGAGAGUCAUGUGAUUCCUUGGAUGACUUCCAUACAAGAUUGAGGCACUUCUGAAAUUUUUUUCUUCCCUUUCCAGAGGGGCUGUGUGGUGGGGGCAGAGAGUCUGUGUUGAUUCUUUUACUUUAUGAGUUGUCAUCUCUGGAACAGUGGGUCUGAGUGGCAGAGGGAGCCAGCAUGGCCAAGCCUCUGCUGAGGAUACAGCGCUACUUCCGCAGAAAACCUGUUCGAUUCUUCUCCCUCAUCCUCCUCUACCUGACGGCCGGGAGCCUUGUCUUCCUGCACUCUGGCUUUAUUGGGGACAGUGGCCCCGGAGCACGGGGUGGCCGGGACUCUAUUGUAUCUUCAGAGAUGAUCAGCCGGAGUUCAUCAUCGGACACUCGCAGUGGUGGCAUCAUGAGCAGGGUGUUUAAGGACACGCACAGAUCCGGACGGAGGUUUAGUCCUCAAUGGGUGAGAAGGAAUGGACAUGAGGGACACAAGACGUUGAGCAGGGGGAGAGACUACACCCACAACUGGAAUCGUGCACUCAAAGGACGCAAUGCAAAAGACAUGGACGAUGGAAGAGCAAAGUACAUUGGCUGCUACAUUGAUGACACUCAGAAAAGAGCUCUGAGAGGAGUUUCCUUUUUUGACUACAAAAAAAUGACUGUGUUCCGUUGCCAAGACAACUGUGCUGAAAGAGGUUACAUGUACGCAGGCCUAGAGUUUGGCGCAGAGUGCUACUGCGGUCACAAGAUUCAGGCACCCAAUGCUUCAGAGAGUGAAUGCAACAUGGACUGUAAGGGGGAGAGGACCAACCUGUGUGGGGGAGCCAACCGACUGUCCAUCUACCGGCUGGAGCUGAGCCAGGAGUCAGCACGCCGCUAUGGCAGUGCCAUUUUCAAAGGCUGCUUCCGCCGGCCAAACAAUGUCACAAUAGCCCUUCCCUACAGCGCUGUCAUCCAAAACAUGUCAGUGGACAAGUGUGUGGACAUGUGCACGGAGAGGGAGAAAUCACUGGCGGUUUUGGGUGGAGAGCGUUGUCACUGCGGCUUCCCGACUCUUCUCUUCUCCCUUCAUGAGCCGGAGGACGAGGGGAUGUGUCUCAGUCACUGCCCUGGAGAAGAGUUUGAGAGCUGUGGAAAUGACAAGUUCUUUGUGGUGUACCAGACACAGGUUCAAGAUAACCGCUGCAUGGACCGCCACUUCCUCUCAACGCGUGCAAAGCAACUGGUGGCCCUCGCCAGUUUCCCCGGAGCUGGUAACACUUGGGCUCGCCACCUCAUAGAGCUCGCCACUGGCUUCUACACAGGCAGCUUUUACUUCGAUGGCUCACUUUACAACAAAGGAUUUAAAGGGGAGCGUGACCACUGGCGGAGUGGGAGGACAAUCUGCAUUAAGACACACGAGAGCGGCAAGAAGGAGAUUGAAGCAUUUGAUUUGAGCAUCCUCAUGAUACGAAACCCAUACAAAGCCCUCAUGGCAGAAUUUAACCGCAAAUAUGGUGGGCAUAUUGGAUUUGCCUCACAAGCCCACUGGAGAGGGAAAGAGUGGCCUGAGUUUGUGAAAAACUACGCCCCUUGGUGGGCUUCCCACACAUUGGACUGGCUGACUUACGGGAAGAAAGUCAACGUGGUCCAUUUUGAAGACCUCAAGAGGGACCUGUUCUCCAAGCUCAAGGGCAUGGUCCAGUUUUUGGAUUUAAACGUUUCAGAGGAUCGCUUGCUCUGUGUCGAGGGCCAAAAGGAUGGAAACUUCAAGCGUUCGGGGCUACGUAAGCUUGAGUAUGACCCAUACACUCCUGAAAUGAGAGAGAACAUUGAUAAACUGAUCAGAACAGUAGACGGCGCCUUGAAGAAAAGAAAUAUAUCUGGAAUUCCAGCAGAAUAUAUGCCAAGAUGAUAAAAGUCAUCCCUUUGUUUGUUUGUUUGGUUUUUUUUCCCCUUCUUUAAUUAAGCUACUUUUGUCAACGGACUCUGCACCUAGGAUUACAAGACUUGCAUAUUGAAUCAUUUUCUCUCAUGUGUAGUAGUUUAAAGUUGUAGUGAGAAAACCUCUGCCUCUUCUUUUUUUUU